AUGGAGGUGCCGCUGGUCAAUUUUGAAAACAUGGAUGAUGUCGGCAUCAACCUGGGGGACCCAAAUGACUCCGGAUACCCAACCUCACCCACCUCAGAGGCCCCCGAUCAGAAUCUCUUACCCCACCGUUUGACUUCUCCUCAACAGUCGCCACAUAGAGGACGCCGUGGGCAUCAGUCUGGUCAAGAAGGGUUGUCACCGUCCACUCCUCCGACUCUGACCACGAAAGCAAACUCCAGCAGUGGCAGCUUGAUCUCUAAUCUGAAGCUCCUGAUCAACAGUGAGUCUCCCACCGACAGCGUCUUCAGUAAGAUGGCGAAGGAUUGCUAUGAGAAUGAAGAUUUGUUUGAGAAGCACUGCAUGGAAGAGAAAGAUGAGAAGGUCGUCAUCAAUGUUUCUGGGCUGAUGUUCGAGACACAGCUCAGCACCCUGAAUAAGUUUCCAGAGACGCUGCUCGGUGACCCCAUGAAGAGGAUUAGCUACUUCGACCCAAUGAGAAACGAGUACUUUUUUGACAGGAACCGCCCGUCUUUCGAUGGUAUUCUGUACUACUAUCAGUCAGGGGGGAGAAUCCGCAGACCGGCCAAUGUUCCCUUAGAUGUCUUUGCGAAUGAAAUCGUUUUCUAUGAGUUGGGUCAUGAAGCGAUGGAGCAGUUCCGCGAAGACGAAGGGUUUAUCAAAGAACCAGAGGUCCUUUUGCCCACCAACGAACUCCAGCGACAAUUCUGGCUCCUGUUUGAAUACCCAGAAAGCUCCAGCGCGGCCAAAUCUGUAGCUCUGGUGUCUGUGUUUGUCAUCGUCAUUUCCAUCUUCAUCUUCUGCCUAGAGACUCUGCCAGAGUUCAGAGAAGACAGUGACUUCCUCCCGGGUUUAACCCAAAUCAUUAACGGGACCCAAGACAGUUCUGCCCCUCAUCCCGCCACUAAAGACCUGAUAGCGUAUUUCACAGACCCCUUUUUCAUUGUGGAGACUAUUUGCAUCAUUUGGUUCUGCUUUGAAGUCGGUGUCCGUUUUGUGGUGUGCCCCAGCAAAAGUGACUUCUUCAAUAACAUCAUGAAUAUCAUUGACAUAGUUUCUAUAAUUCCCUACUUCGUAACCCUGGGAACAGAGCUGGCUACGACCCCUGAUGAUGAUGUGAACUCUGGUCAGAACAUGUCCCUGGCAAUCCUAAGAAUCAUCCGUCUGGUGAGAGUUUUCAGAAUUUUUAAGCUCUCCCGACACUCGAAAGGGCUUCAGAUCUUGGGUCAGACCUUGAAAGCCAGCAUGAGGGAACUUGGGCUGCUCAUCUUCUUCCUUUUUAUAGGAGUCAUCCUGUUCUCAAGUGCCAUCUACUUUGCAGAAGUGGAUGAGCCCCAGACGCAGUUUGUUAGCAUCCCUGACGGCUUCUGGUGGGCUGUGGUGACGAUGACCACCGUGGGAUAUGGAGACAUGUGCCCCAUCACAAUGGGAGGCAAAAUGGUCGGCACCCUCUGUGCCAUUGCCGGUGUCCUGACCAUCGCCUUGCCCGUCCCUGUCAUCGUCUCCAACUUUAACUAUUUCUACCACCGUGAAACUGAGCAGGAGGAGAAGCAGAUAAUGGAUGCGGCGGCGGAGGCUGCCCAGAAAAUGUCAGCUGCAAGCAAGUACGGGAGCACGCCUUCACUAAACAAAAGUAACGGCACCUGGCAGAAUGAGAAAAACGGCAUGCACUGA